AUGCAUCACAUGGAGAGGAAAAAAGAUAAACAAGAGGAAAUGAAAACAAAGGCGGCCAAUGUCUCCUCCAAGGCGAAGAAUGCUCCUCCUUCCUACGCUGUGAAGAUGCAAAGUGUUCGUACGGGGAUUGAUGUCGUUACUAUUGACAACAUAACGAAGAAGAACGGAGCCAAGAAACCUCACGAAGCAUCACGCCUAUUGAAGGUGAGGUGGUUAGACUUUGAGAGAGGAGAUGAACCUGACCCAGAGUGUGACAAAAGAGGGCUUGAUGUAGGCACAAAAUCUAUUGUUGUUGGAGGAAUCAAGCUAGGCUACAUGACUACUGAAGAUUUUGCUAUGCGUUUCAAAGUUGUCUUUCACCUUCCAAUAGGAAUGCAGUUCUUGGCUACAAAGAUGAUGCUUGGAACUUACAUCUUUGCCAAAAGGCAUGCACAACGAGGAAGUCUUGCUUCCCUCAGAGCGCUGUCAAAGGGACAGGGAGGCGUUUUAGACGCUAUGCCCAUAGAAAAAAGUGAUUUAUGAUGUACAAUAUCAUGUUUUAUUCAUUGUACAAUAGUGUAGUUGAAGAUUUUAGUUCUAUCUAUAUGAUGAUUAGUGUUUUGGUAUAUUACUAAGGAAUUGUUUGGCAUGUUCUCCGAUGAAGUAGAUUC